AUGGCCGUGCGUCCCGAGCGUGCCGUGCGUGCCGGGCGCGCGGUAUCUCGUUUCCGGGCCUGGACAUUGCUGAUGUUGCUCCCACUGCUCAUGUUAUGCACAGAAGCAAAUGCAGCAUGGCUGAGCGUCAGCCAGCAGCCUUCGGCGCUAGGCAGGCGCAGUGUUGCCAUGGCACUCACUGCAACGUUUGCCGGGGGAACAGCUGCUGCCCCAGUGCGUGCGGCCGUCAGCGUUGAAGAGGCCCGCCAGAAGUUGCAGGAUGCACAGAAGGCCCUGGACGACCUUCUCGCCAACUACGAGCCGAUCAAGAAGAACAAGAGUGGUGAUCUUGUGAGGAACGCACUCAAAGCCACGACCUCCCCUGUUGCACAGGUCCAGAAGACGGGUGAGGCAGUUGCCUCCGCGGCCAGCGAUCCUGGUGCCUUCCAGGAUGCUUUGGAAGAGUUUGUGGCGUCCGUGGACAAUGCUGAUGGCCUUGCAUAUUCGUCAGGUUAUGCAAAUUCUGGAGACUGGAAGGUAAACAAUGCCGCCAAUUAUCUGGAGCAAGCGAGGGCGCAGAUCAAGACUGCUGUCAAAGACAUUUCAACCAUGCUCGACGCGCUUGCCUAG